UUGGAUUUACGACAUAUACAAUAUGGCUGCGCCCGUUCGGUACCACGAUUUUUCGAGAUAUUCAUUGUAAAGUUGAUAUGUUUAGAAGAUAAUUCAAAACAGCAUGGCUCAUUUUGAUGAAAGUAGUGGAAUUGUUCCAAUGAAGACACCCUGGGGCCGAUGGUGGCAAACAAUAGAUGAAAUAUAUGUAGAAAUAGUGGUUCCAGACGGUACAAAUAGUAAAGACAUUAAAUGUGACAUCAAGCCUAAGAAAAUUAAAGUUUCGGUGAAAGGAGACACGGUUAUAGAUGGAGAGUUUGUAUCUCCUAUUCAUGCUGAUGAAAGUGUUUGGACUUUGGAGGACAAGAAGCUGGUGGAGAUGUGCCUGCCUAAGGACAAAGCUACUGCAGCUAAUUGUUGGACUUCGUUACUAGUGGGGCAGUAUGAAGCAGAUCCCUUCACAUAUGACCAGAUGGAAAAGAAAAUGACUUUACAGAGGUUCCAGUAUGAGAAUCCUGGCUUUGACUUCAGCAAUGCAGACAUAUCAGGACAGUACUCAGGUGGAGGUCCAGAACUUCCCUCUCACAGCUGAUAUACUGAGGCAGCUUAGCAAAAA